AGGCCCUCCCCCCCGCAUUGUGCUUGGUGGCGAGAGGUGGCCCUGGGUCGGGCCCAGGACUCGGCCAAGCACACGCCCCGGGGAAGGCCAGUGUUCAGCCUGCCGGCAGGUGGAAGGGCUCAGGGACUCCCAUUUCCUGGCUUGGAAAAGGCUCUCGGAGAACGAGCUCGAAGACCAGGCACCCUCCUUCCUCCUGGAGUGCGACAGUGAGGUGCUGGGAGCCCUGCAGACGCACCUGGCUCUGUACAGGGUCCGGCGGAAGGUCAAGGUGGAGCCGCGCCCCGAGCUGCGCGUAUGGGCUGUGUUGCCGGACCGCCCGGAGGAGGCCUGCCGGGCCGCGCCGCUGCUGGAGCGGGCCGAGGGAGCCAGCAUCCUCACCCACGACCCUCGGACUGCCCGCAUGGGCUGGCGGCUUCUCACCCUGGACGAGGGCCUGGCGCCGGUGCCCGGGGGCCGGCUUGGAGACCUCCGGGAUUACCACCGCCACCGAUACCUCCAAGGUGUUCCCGAGGGGGUACGGGACCUGCCCCCAGGAGUGGCCCUGCCCCUGGAGUCCAACCUGGCUCUCAUGAACGGUGUCAGCUUCACCAAGGGCUGCUACAUCGGCCAGGAGCUGACGGCCCGCACCCACCACAUGGGCGUCAUCCGCAAGCGUCUCUACCCGGUGCAGCUUUCCGGGCCUGUCCCUGAGGGUGGCAUUACCCCCGGCGCCCCAGUGCUCACCGAGUCCGGGCAGGCCGCGGGCAAGUACAGGGCCGGCCAGGGGGACGUGGGCCUGGCCUUGCUGCGGACAGAGAAGAUCAAGGGCCCCCUCCACGUCAGGACCUCCGACAGCAGCCAGGUGGCCCUGACUGCGUCUGUGCCGGACUGGUGGCCCACAGCCGCCAAGUAGCCAGGACAUCCCUGUGCUCCCGCAGCUCUGGGGUUGCCAGGGUGCUCUGUCCAUCUGCUGUGCUCUGCAGGCUGGUCCCCUUGUCACCAAGGGCUGCAGGCAUGGGGGGGGGGCGUGCAUUUCCGACCCACCAUGCUUCCCGCCCAGGGUCCCAUGGGCAUCUGGGGCCGCAGUCCCUUGCUGCUCUGUAGCUUUGAGCAGCAAGAGCCCUCCUGGGAACCGGGGAGGAGGAGCUGGCCGGCAUUUGCUUCUGUGCCAAGGUGAGCUGCAGUGUCCACCCGAUGGAGCGGAUGGAGUUCCAGCUGUGUGGGUUUAGAGGUGGUUCAUCCAUUAGCUGAGGACAGGUUGGUCCAGAGCGUUGUCCCUGGGCUGCCUGUACCCCUUUCCAUCGGGUUGGCUGAAAGGGCAGGUGGGCUCUGGGAACUGCUGUGCCAUGUGGCAGCAGUGGGGUGCCCUGUCACCAUUUCCUGUGCACUGUGGUCUCUGCAGCACCUCCCCCCACAGGAGCUGCCCUGGUGGGGGGGCUGGGAGGGAGGACAGCAGGGCCCAGGGUCUGCAGGGCCCC